AUGCCCUGGAAUGGUUUGACCAGCAGGCUCUUCAAAAAGCAUGAAGGUCCCUUAUUACCUAUCACCGAAGAGAAAAAGGAGGAAAUAGAAAACAACAAUGCUCCGCAGAGCGUGAAUACACAACAUAGCAUCGAGAACGAGAAAUAUCCACGGAAGGAUUCGAGAAAUGACGAGGGCCCGGCUCCCGACCAAGUCCAUGGAUUACCAGAGAUCAAAAUCACAUUAGCUUCUCCCGAGGCCGAAGAGCCAACCGAGGAAAACACAGAAUAUGCGGCUCCGGCAGACUACGAGAAAGAGCUUGCCAAGUCUGCUCCGUACCGAAAGCCAGCGGCCUUCAACAACCCCUUCGGCGAUAACGUACAUGCCCUCCCCCACGCACAGACUACUAAUCCUCGGCGAGCGUCGCAGUGGCAGGCCCAGCGAAGGACUUCCAGUCAGCCGCAUCUGCUUCAACCUGCAGCACAACCGAUUCGAAACUUCUCGCGGCCGUCGUUCCCGAGCAUUGAUGACAAGAUCACAUGGCAACCUGACCCGAACCGCUACCCAGCCGACUACCGGCGUAGACAGUCAUCAUGGGCGCAAGACAAGCCGCGAAGGCCGUCCGAAUGGGGCAGAAAGGUAUCGACCAUCUCAACCCUCAGUACGCAGAGCGAGUAUCCCGAGAUCGUGGACCCCGUGGAUCCAGCCAGGAAACUGUCACCACGAAACCUCGUUACUCAAAGAAUCCUGUUCUUGGGAAUCGUCAUUAUUUUAAACCUCGGCUGUCUCAUGGCCGCGCUGUUCAGUCAUUCGGGCACCUGGGUGUUUGUGUUCAUUCUGGUGGUCAAGAGCAAAGACGUGCUCUCUGCUCUUGUCUCUCCCACAGGAAUGCUGUUGCGCCGGAUAUAUCACAUAUUCAAGCCGCCGAAAGAAGUACCGUCAAAAUGGAUUCUGUCGCUGAUCCCCGCAUACUCGGAAAGCGAGGAACAGAUCGUAAAAUGCAUUUUCUCGCUGCGCGACAACGGAGUCGAGCCACAUCGACAGGUCAUGUGUGUCGUGCUGGACGGCAAACCGCGAGACGUCAAGUCGCACUACACCGAGUUGCUUUGCACCAUCGAGAGACCGUAUGUGUCGUUCAAACAUCAACUGGGGGCGCUGCGCAUUCAUGCUGGGUUCAUGAAAGACGUGCCUGUGAUCAUCAUUGAGAAGAAAAAGAACGCCGGCAAGAAGGAUUCUCUGAUCCUCGCGCACGACCUAUUCAAUUUCCCCCGCAACAACAUGCCAUUGUAUUCAGAAUUACUGAGAAGUGAGAUCUGGGAGCAUAUCCUACCGGAACUUACUGACCAGUUUCCCUUUGAGGGGUUCGACAUGAUCUUUUGUACUGAUGCCGACUCGGUCAUCCAUCAGGGCGCUCUGGCGUCGUUGACCAAUGCCCUGGCGAGGAAAGAGAACUCGAUCGCCGCUUGUGGCCUUGUGCUUGUCGAGCUGGAACCUGGGUAUGAAUGGUCGCUUUGGAACAUGUAUCAACAAUUUCAGUACUGCUUCGGCCAAUACGUCCGCCGCCGCGCCGAGCACUUCUGGGGCAAAGUCACCUGUCUCCCAGGCUGCAUCACAAUGAUCAAAUGCCGCCCCGAGUGCGCGGGCGCAAUCGCAAAAUACGCCGAAGCCGUGACUGUAAUGCCAGUCCUGCACCACCAAGUCCAAUACCUCGGCACGGACCGGCGGCUAACAUACUGUUUGUUAUCUCAAAACCGCAAACUUACUACCCUGUUCGUUCCCGAGGCCGUCAGCGAAACCGUGGCACCACAGUCCCUCCAACACUACUUGAGUCAACGACGACGAUGGGGCUCCAACGCCUACUUCAACAAUUACUUCUACAUGACAGGCGAGAAGAUGUCGCCCAUCACGCGCGUGGCCGCGUUCAUCGAGAUCCUGCGUCUGAGUAUGGUCUACUACCGCUUCUGCAAUACGAUUCUGUUAGUACACCAUAUCAUCGUCGGUAUCAUCAACCAUACCUUUGAGACGGCUCGACUGGCGCCGCUGUUGGCAGUCAGCCAGACGCCGCUGCUGUGGUUUAUCAUCUCUGUGAUGAUUGAGCCACAGCUUCGGUGCAGAGCACACAAGUUGGCUAUGGGGUUUUGUAUCAACAAGUGCGUCUCGUCGUUUAUUUCAAUGACGGUGUUUUGGAGGGUUUGUCGGAAUGUCGGGUCGCAAGUAUGGGGUAUAUCUGGUGUUACGGCAGCUAGUGGUGCUGCAGCGGCUGGAGCCACCGCGAUCACUGCUGCUGCUGUGCCUGCUGUGCCUGUCGUCCCUGCUGUCCCGGCUGCUGCUGUGGGUGUUGCUGAGCCGCCGACGGCUGUGAUUGCGCCGACGAAGGAAGAUGUGGUGGCGCCUGAUCUGCCCCGCCAACAACUGAAUGUCUAG